CUUCUUAAAACCGUACUUAAGACGGUCUUGAAUAUAAGAUCUGACUAUGAAUACCGGCCUAAGUGUUCUUAUUGGAACACCAUUACAGUCCUGUUAUUUCUAAAUUUUACAUUGCGAACAAUGUCAUUCCUUUGUCGUAUCACUAUCAGACGAUAAAGAGUAUGUAUGAACAAGCUGCGAAUAACUGGGCCAUCGGCUUUUACUCUUUGCUCGAUCCAACCAAAUUUUUGCCUUUUCUCCCGAAUUUAUGGAAUGAACAAGCAAUCGGCUCGCGUUAUCCAAAUGACACGAAGGUACGGAACACCGAUGUGCUGGUUGGAUACCUUAUCCUAUUCUGGACAAUAUUGUAUUUGGUAUACGAAAAAUGUCUUAACUCCCUGUUUAGGCAGAUGCAUUUUCCAUUGGUACAGCGAAGCAGGAUAAUCAAAGCUGCAUGGAACUGUGGAUUCUGUUUUGGUAGUAUAUGUUACAUGAAAUCAUCGACCAUGCAAAUGUUGAGCUUUGCAUCCCACGAACAGGGAAUGACAUACCAGGAAUUAGGGAUUGCAUUACAUAAGAGCUUUUACUUUCAUCAAGCGGAGAUUGAUAUACUGUGUUAUGGUGCUUGGAUAAAGGGUUGCGCAAACUUGCUCUUUGCAUCUUUUGUCUUGAAUCCAUAUCAACAAAAGUGGUGUACAGUUACAAGUACUUUUUUAAUGUAUAAAACUAUUGACAUUGUGAUAGUUAGUGUCUGUCGGAUCUUGGUGUACAUUUUUCAAACUGUUGGGAGACCAGUCUCUAAACUGUUAUUCCUGUUACACUGCCUGACUUGGAUAUAUUUAUAUUUACAUUAUGUGCCUACAUUUAUGCUUUGGUCAGAAGAAGUUAAAUAUACAAGGAUAGAACCUGUCUUGUGGUUUUGGUUUACAGUAGAAUGUUUAGAUUCGGUAUGGAUAAGACUGAUUGGACAUGCGAAAGCUACACAUUGGCUCGAAAUUUGUCUCUUUCCACCACCGACGCAGGAAGCCAUUGAAUUAGCUAGCAUUCAUAAAAGGCAUAAAGAAUCUUUGAGGAAAAGUAAUAUCAAAACAGCAAAGAAAGUUGAAUUGUGGCAAACAUUAGUUUGUGCAAUGACAAUUAAAAAGAAAAUUAGAAGGAUUCGUGAAGCUAAAAGCAUCACAGAUAUAUCAAUAAAGGAUCCUAAGAAAAUGGAACCGUUUGAAACGCAAAUAGAUGACGAGUCAGUAGAAAAUUUGUAAAGUUACAUUAAAAUAGUUCUGGAAAGGAGCACUUUUUUUUACAGAAUUUAUACCAACGACAGAAGAUACGAACUUUUUUCAAAUGAAUUUAUUUGUACAAUGAAAA